UUACACAUGGUGGACGAAGUGAGAAGUUUGGUUCAGAUCUUUACUCCUAGAAUUUAGAGUUGUGCUUCUUGUUGCACGAGAGUUUCACGAUGGCAGAAUAUGUUCAUCAAAAUCUGGAGGGCAUGUUGCCUGAACUGGAGGAAUUGGAGCGGAUGGGAGUGUUUUCAAGCGAUGAAAUCAGGACUAUCAUUCGAAAGAGAAGAGAGUUUGAAUACCGCUUGCAGAAGAGGAUUGUCCAGAAGACAGAUUUUCUAAGAUACAUGCAGUAUGAGAUUAACCUGGAUUUGCUGAAGAAGAAAAGAAAGUUGGUGAGAACCUAAGUUGCAUAACAUAUGAAUUACACUUUUAUUUGCAGUUUGUUGCAAACAUAUGUAUACAUGUGUGGCUGCAUUCAAGGUUUGAGGAUAGAGGACUGAAUUUGUUUUUAUAUACUUGUAGUUGCAUAUUAUAUAUACUUGUUUUCUUGCAAAUAUUCCCCAGUUGAUGGUAAUGUUUUGUAGCACACGUGUAUAUAAUACAGCUCUCUUCCAUGGAUCAUUUCUACCGACAUGUAUAAGCUAUUUAUGUUCUUUUUUGGGUAUGGGUGCUAAAGUACAAUGUAGAAGUUGUGUCACACAGGGUAGACUACGAGUAAUCCCUCUUUCGCUUAGUCCGUCGUGCGUAAUGCGAAAGAAAACCGCGAGAAGUACAACACGUUGUC